ACUAUGUACACACACACCGUUUAAUUAUCGAUUGAACUACUUUGCAUGUAUACAUUUAUGUUUUGUUGUGUGUGUGAUUAGAAGUUAUCAGAAUGUGAAUAAAGGCCAUCUGUAUGGAAAGGUUAAUUGUCUUCCAGGCGGGAAAAUGAAGCAUUAUAAUGGAGAUUGGUAUACGAACACGACGGCGGCUGUUCAAAAGAGCAUUGUUGCUAUGUCUGACUGGAUUGAUAUGCUACAAAUUACUACAUGAUUUUCACUGGACACGAGAAAAGAAAACAUCCACAAACCAUCCAUCUUCCAAAAGAGACAACAUAACUCGGAAUGUUUUUAUUCCAAAGCAAGAAUUAUUGUCUGUUCGGCUUUCCAUAGAUAAAGCAAUGACAAGUUUUAGGGGCAUAGACGCUUUAACGGACUAUUGUAAUUCCCCCAGCAAGCAAACUACAGGAGAUGAAGGUACAUUUUCUUCAGGCUUUAAACUGAGGAUGGUCCACAUUUUCAUCCGCCAUGGUGAUAGGACAUCGAUUCAUCAUUUCCCAGGGUACAUACCGGAAACUUAUAAUUGUGAAUUCAGCACGUGGUACACAGGGAGUAAUGAAAAAUUUAGAUCAUUCCCACAACGUAUGGAAAAAUAUCCAUCAGAGAAGCGGAGGAAAAAUCCAUUUCUUACAUGGCCGCAGUAUCCAAACCAGAAAACGUGUAAGGAUUCUGUUUUGACAAGCAGGGGAGCUUUACAACAUUUACAGCUUGGACAACACUUUUAUGACUCAUAUAUCAAACAUUCCCACCUUUUCGAAAAAUCUUCAUCAAACCUGAUAUACGCUAAAAGUACGGGUACAUUAAGAACAUACCAAAGUGCAGUUGCAUUUAUAUACGGGUUUCUACCUGUCACAAACAUUUCAAGCUUCAAUAUAGACUACUCGGAAGAUUUACACUUUUGUUCAAAGAAAUAUUCCAUGAGGGUGACCUGUAGUUGUCCACAUACACGAGAUUUAAUUGCGCGCUCCAAGAGGUUUCAAAGCGCAAUAAGUAAAAAUAGUCCGUACUAUAGGACACUUCGUGAGUUUUACACUCUUUUUGGUAUUGACGACAACGAUUUAAUAUUGCUGGCGGGUAUUGCGGAUGCUUUAGUUCCUACCUAUUGCCACAACUUGACAAUUCCUUGUUCAACAUUUAAUUCAUCAAAAUGUGUUGAUCAUAGUUUACUAGGUACAAUAUGGGACGCCGUUACUUACAAAGAAUUUUCAAAAUGGGAUGACCCGGACUUGAACUUUCUGAAAUACAGCAGUAUAAAGAUGACCCCAGUUUUGCUUGAAGUGGUCGACAGAAUUAAAGAACUAAUAGAAAACAAUGGCAAAUCGACAUUUAUUCUAUACUCUGGCCACGAUGUUACAAUAUCACCCUUACUUCACGUUUUAGGUCUGCAUGACGGAAGAUGGCCGCCAUAUGCGUCACGCGUUGUCAUGGAGUUAUAUGAAAAAGAAAAUGAAGAUACCAAUAACAAAUUUUAUCUGAAGUUCUUGUAUAAUGGUUUGGACAAAACUGAAAAAGUUGUUUUCUGUAAGAACAGAACGCUGAAUGGCCUCUGUAAUUUUAAAUUGUUUACCGAUUUUAUAUCACACGAAUUGUUGAACAGGUUUGGUUAUGUAAGUUAUGCUGACGCGUGUUUACGAUGAAAUGCUACAUUUGUUACCAUUAGCUACUGUAAUACGUUUGCUCUUUGCAGUAAAUUAGCAUACCGUGAUAAAAUAUGUGAUAUAACACGGUUAUUAUAACAGAAGCUUGAUCUGGGAUGCUGUAUUCGGCUCUAGUUGAUUUUGUCAGAUCGAAUUACACAGAGUGUACAAGCGCCGAGUAUGAUCCGGCGAGAGCCAAAUACAUCGUCUCCAAUCAAGGUACUAUUAUUUUUGAUGUGAACACAAAGCCUAUUGAUGUUAAGACGCACCACAGAAUAACUGUAUUCCUAUGUAUAUCUGUGAUGGUAAUUUUGCAUGAGUUGCUUUGGGGAAAAUGAGAAUUACAAGUAUGUAGGCCUACAUGUAGUUACAAACUAAGGGUGAUACAUUGUAUUUAUUGGUGCGUUUUAUGUUUAAACAUUUUAUUGAAUGAAUUUAGUAUUCUGCGCAGUAUUUGAUGUAUUAAGGUCAGUUUAUACUACACUUUGUUUUACAAGUUAAGCUAGUUGUGUAGCGUAGCCGCUCCAUAAGUCCUCUUGAUAAAUAACUCAAUACACUGUU